GGGAUAUUUUUGUAGCUAACCUAUUUUUUCCCUCAACAUUCCCUUUGGGAAAGAAAUAAAACUAAAACCUACCCUCCAUUAAUCCCCCAAGCUCUGGGUUUGGAACAAUUAGGGUUUGAAUAAAUUGUCCUCUGCAUCUGCCAAAACCGAACUGCGGACAACAAAUCCAAGUCGACGUUAACAGAGAGAAUCAGGGCCGAACUUCAAUGAGCACACCACUUGUUGAUGGACUCACUGUGUCUGAGGCUGCGGGAGAUGAUGUGAAAAAGACCUCUAGAGACCAGAGAGAAGCGCUGCCUGGGGAGCCUAUAUGUGUUGUUUGUGGUCGCUAUGGUGAGUAUAUAUGUGAUCAGACUGAUUCUGAUAUUUGCAGCUUGGAAUGCAAACAAACUCUCUUAGGGAGGGCUGCUGACACCCACCUUCCAGUUGGCCACCCACUUCCUAAACGACUGGCUGCAACUGAUGAGUGCUUUUAUGUUAGAGACUCAGAAUCUCCUUUAACUAGCGAUCAAACAGAACUGCUGAGGAGGAAACUGGAAAUCCAUGUGAAGGGAGACUCAGUUCCAGAUCCCAUUUUGUCUUUCUCUUCUUGUAAUCUUCCUGAGAAACUCCUGCACAACAUACAGACUUUAGGAUAUGACAUGCCGACACCUAUACAGAUGCAAGGUAUUGCGGCUGCUUUGACCGGAAAAAGUCUGCUUGCUUCAGCUGACACUGGCUCAGGGAAAACUGCAUCCUUUCUGGUUCCUGUUGUUUCUCGUUGUGCGACUUUUAGGCAUGGGAAUAUAUCUAAAAGUAAAAAGCCACUAGCGAUGGUUUUAACUCCAACCAGGGAGCUUUGUAUACAGGUUGAGGAACAGGCUAAAUUGCUAGGAAAGGGUUUGCCUUUUAAAACUGCCCUUGUGAUUGGCGGUGAUGCCAUGCCUAGACAACUGUACCGCAUUCAGCAGGGUGUGGAACUCAUUGUGGGAACUCCUGGUAGGCUUAUUGAUCUCUUAGCAAAGCACGAUAUUGAACUAGAUGACAUAAUGAUAUUGGUCCUGGAUGAGGUGGACUGCAUGCUUCAACAGGGCUUCCGAGAUCAGGUUAUGCAGAUUUUCAGGGCUCUCUCACAACCCCAAGUGUUGAUGUAUUCGGCUACAAUGUCACAAGAGGUAGAGAAGAUGGCAAGCUCUAUGGCAAAAGAUUUAAUUUUUGUUUCCAUUGGCCAGCCUAACAGACCAAGUAAGGCCGUGAAGCAGCUGGCUAUCUGGGUGGAGUCAAAACAAAAGAAGCAAAAGCUUUUUGACAUAUUGAUGAGCAAGCAGCAUUUUCUACCACCAUCAAUUGUAUAUGUGGGUUCCCGAAUUGGGGCAGAUCUCCUAUCUAAUGCAAUCACAGUCACCACUGGAUUGAAGGCCCUAUCAAUUCAUGGAGAGAAGUCUAUGAAGGAGAGACGAGAGAUAAUGAAGUCAUUUUUGGUUGGAGAGGUUCCUCUGGUUGUGGCUACUGGGGUUUUGGGUCGGGGAGUUGAUCUCUUGGGCGUGAGACAGGUAAUAGUGUUUGAUAUGCCCAAUUGCAUUAAGGAGUAUGUCCAUCAGAUUGGGAGGGCAUCGCGAAUGGGAGAGGAUGGUACAUCUAUUGUAUUUGUUAAUGAGGAGAACAGGAAUUUAUUUCCAGAUUUGGUUGAAGUCUUAAAAUCUUCCGGAGCUGUGAUCCCUCGUGAGCUUGUUAAUUCAAGGUAUGUGAAGCGUUCUUUUCCUAUGGGCAAGGGCCAGAGAAAGCGAAAGUAUGGUUCAUGAGUUUAAUCUUUGUUAUUUAACUGGCACUAUUUGCUUGCCACACAUGAAAAGUCUACUCUAGUGCUGCUUACUAAAUUCCUUGGCCUUGCUGGGUGCAUGGACCAAGGAAAACACACUACCUUGAGAGCAACUUCAUGACUGCAUAGUGGAGCAAGAAUCGUUACCCUUGACUUUUCAAGGAUGAUGUUCGCAGAGGGAGAAGUGGCCCACAUAAAUAUGCUAUAGCCAUGCAAUAUGUUGGUUGACGACUAUUUCCAUAGUCCAAGCUCAAUUACUUUUUUCUGCUGGUUUGUUUGUUUGGUUUACUUGGUCGUUCUAGGAGGACAAUGGACAUUAAGAAUUGGGUGAGAAGAUGUGCUGAUAUUAAUUCACCCCAAAGCAGUUGAGGCAUGCAUAAUCUAUGCUUUGUGGAAGCCACUCUCCCAUCGACUGAAGCAUUUUGAUUUCUGGAUGGUUUUUGGCGGCUCUGCUUGAAAUACUGGGGCAGUUUCAUUUUGUAAUGAAAAUAUUUGCAGGAAUGAUUUGGGUUCUAGCUGAGGACCUCAAGGCCCUGGCUCUGCGACUUUGAGUUUCUUACGUUUCCUAGUUGAAGGGACUACACACCUUGAAUGAUUGUGGUUUUCAGCUUGGUCCGGCAUGGAAUAGAGGCACAUCUCUUGCAGUACUGAAGGAAAAAAAAACCUGUAAUGACGUGCUUCUAUAGAUAAUUUACAUAUGAAACAAUGAAAGUAGCAACCAGAAUAUUUUGCAUUGAAUACAAAUCUGGCUCCAACGUAUUAUUAUGACUA